AUGCCUUCGCACUUCGCCUGGGGGAAGGAGAGAGUCUCAGGGGCUGUGAAGGUCUCCGUGGUAGCUGAUAGCAUCCAGGUUGUGCAGGGAGGGAGUGCCCUCCUGCCAUGCUCUUUCCGCACCACAGCACCCUUGAACCACCUCAAUAUCAUAUGGACCAUCAUUCCAUCUGCGGACCCCAACCGCCCUCAGCAGGUCCUUGCCUAUGAGCAAGGUGAGGUGGUGGAGAGCAUCUCCCAGUACACAGGCCGGGUGGGCUUUGCUUUCUCGCCCACCAAGAGUGCCACCAUCAUCUUGAACGACACACGGAGCUCGGACAGUGGCAGGUACCAGUGCAGCGUGAUGAACCCUCCAGACGCUGCCACGCCCAACAUCGGGGUCAUCCAGCUCACUGUUUUUGUGCCUCCCUCUCGUCCCAUGUGCUCCAGCGAGGGCGACAGCGAGGAGGGCGGAAGCCUCCAGUUCUCGUGCACCGUGGAUGAAGGGAUGCCCACCCCCACGUUCACCUGGGAGAAGAUCCCACCAGAUGCGCAACCUCUGAUGAUGAGUUUUGAAGAUGGCAAGCGUGCCCUCCUGACCUUGCAAAACCUGACGACGCAGGCCUCGGGCCUUUACCGCUGCACGGCCUCCAACAUGCUGGGCUCCACCUCCUGCGUCCUGGAGCUGCGUGUUCACGUCACCUCACAUGGCACCACCUCCCUCGCAGUGGGGAUCAGCCUCGUGUUCACGAUGGGCCUGGUGCUGAUGACGCUGUUUGCACUGGUGUUGUGGCUGCACCAUCAGAGCGUGGAGAAGCAGAGAGAGCUGGAACAGGACAAUGCACGCAAAAAGCACAGGACAGACAGCUUCACAUUGGGGCGCCUGAUCGUUGUAAAGAAUCCUUCUGGAGCCAACCCUGCGGCCAGCCCCGUCACCAAGCCCCUCUGGAUCUUCACCAGCUCCACUCCCAACACCACCUAUGCUCAUCGUGAAUGGAGGCCCGAGCAGGGGAACCUCAGCCAGGCCACACUUCCAGGUGGCCCACGGCAACCCUGGGGGAGAUGGAGAAGCAACAGCCUCUCUGAGGAGCAGGGGUCUUCGUCCGGAAGACCAAACUCAAUGUCCUCUCCACCGCUGCAAGAGGAGACUUGA